CCUUAAGGUCAAAUGACUUAAAUGACGAAUUUACUACAAUCCCAUAAUGUUAGGAGGUUCAAGUAACAGUUGCACUAACGAAAUUACUCCUCAGCGACCCGUUGGUCCAGAUUCAGAAUCCGUCGAUCUUUCAUGUGGCAUUAAAAAACCUGUUAUACAGUGAGUACACUUUACGGCAUUUUAUUCAAGCAAUAUGGUUUCUACUGUGGAUUUAGGAUGUCCUAUUGAGUUACGUAAAUUGGUACUUCAUGUCCGUAGUGCGGAAUACAAUCCACGCAGAUUUCCUGGCGUUGUCAUGCGUCUGCGUGAACCUCGUGUCACUUGUUUAGUGUUUGGAACUGGUCGCAUGGUGUGUACUGGUGCACGUUCUGAAUCAGAUGCAAAUUUAGGUUCUCGGAAAUGUGCUCGUAUACUACAAAGACUUGGGUUUGAUGUAAAAUUCAUGAACUUUACUAUUCAAAAUAUGGUUGGUUUGGCUGAUCUGAGAUUUCCAAUACGUCUGGAAGGUGUACAAUUGGCCAACGAACAGAUGACACAAUAUGAACCGGAAAUAUUUCCAGCCUUAAUUUAUCGUAUAAUAAAACCCCGUUUAGUAAUGCUUAUUUUUGUGAAUGGGAAGAUUGUUAUGACAGGUGCCAAAUCACGUGAACAUCUGUAUGAAGCAUUAAAUAAUGUUUAUCCUAUUUUAUACAAUUAUCGUAAAAUCAACUGACUAGUCAUUUGCAUAUCUGGAUAUUCUUUUGUAAUAUAUAUAAUACACGAUGUAAAUAAUUUCCUUUGAUUAA